GUGUGUGUGUGUGGGUGCUCAUGCUUGUGAGCAGGGGGAGAGAGACAAAGAGAGAGAGACAGAGAGAGAGAGAGAGAGAGAGAGAGAGAGAGAGAGGCGUCAUGCUCCAUAAAGCUGCUCUGAUACUCCAAGUUUACUGUUACUCCAACACAUACUGUUUUCUGGAAGGACUUUCACACACUGCACGUGACGACUUCUCAUUUGUCGAUUCAGGUCUCGCUGUUUUCAGUGCAUAAUCAGGGAUCCAGUUGGCAGCCUGGACACUAUGGUAGCCGAAGAGGCUCCUAGAGCAACCUUGAGGACUAAUGGGGAUUGUUUUACUGAGCCUGUUUCUUCACUACUGGCUUAGUACGGUAGAAGGCAGCUGUGGGGCGGAAGGCGUGCGGACGUGUGGCGAGUGCGUGCAGCUGGGGCCGCAGUGCGCGUGGUGCUCUCUACAGAAUUUCACAGAUUCUUUAGUGGUGAGUGAGCGCUGCGGUACGCGUGAGGAACUUCUUCUUCAGGGAUGUCCGCAAGAGUUCAUGCAGUUCCCAGUGAACACCAUGGAGCUGCUGGCUGACGGGCCAUUAGGGAAAAGUGCAGACCCCACUAAUGUGUCCUACAUAACACCACAGAGGAUGGCGCUCAAACUUCGGCCAGGAACCCAAGUGACCUUUCAAGUAAAAGUACAACAAUCAGAAGACCAUCCAGUAGAUAUGUAUUACCUUAUGGACCUCUCAGCUUCAAUGUAUGAUGAUCUGCAGAGAAUCAGAGACCUGGGGUCAACUCUUUCCAAAAAAAUGGCUAGUCUCACAAGUAAUUUUCGAUUGGGAUUUGGUUCGUUUGUGGAGAAGCCAGUUCUGCCAUACAUUAAAAUUACUCCAGAGGAGCUGGCAAACCCCUGCUGGAGUGUAGAACAUGUUUGCCUGCCCACAUUUGGAUACAAGCACGUCCUCCCAUUAACCAGCAGCACAGACCAAUUCAACAAGAUCAUUUCUAAACAGCGUGUCUCAGCAAACAAUGACAUUCCAGAGUGUGGCUUUGAUGCCAUCAUGCAGGCAGCAGUGUGUGGGGAUAAGAUUGGGUGGAGGAAUGAUUCCAUGCGCUUGCUGGUUUUUGUGAGCGAUGCAGACUCUCAUUUUGGGAUGGACAGCAAAAUGGCCGGCAUCGUCAUCCCUAAUGAUGGACAGUGCCACCUAGACAGCAACAAUGAGUAUUCCAUGGCAGGCCAUUUGGAGUAUCCAACCUUAGGACAACUUAUAGACAAACUAGUGGAAAACAACAUCCUCCUCAUAUUCGCAGUGACUGAAAAUCAGAGACAAACCUAUGAGAACUAUGCAAAUCUAAUUCCUGGUGCAACAGUGGGUGUGUUGGAAAAUGAUUCCCGGAACAUUCUCGAACUGAUCUUGACUGCAUAUAAGGAGCUGAGGUCCGAGAUUGAGCUGGAAGUUCUGGGGGACACAGAAAAUCUCCAGAUCUCCUUCACAGCUCUCUGCCCAGAUGGUGCAGUCCGGCCGGGGCUUAAACACUGCACCAAUGUCAAAGUUGGAGACAUAGUGGCCUUUAAUGUGACGAUGGAGCUGGACAGCUGUCUGGAUGCUCCACAUCAUUUCUCCCUGCGGCCCGUAGGCUUCCAGGACACUCUGGAGGUGGAGCUGGAGUCGCUGUGUGUGUGUGAUUGCCAGAGGACCACCGAGCUAAACAGCACACACUGCAGUGAAGGACAAGGGGCUCUGGAGUGUGGCUCCUGUAUAUGUGACCCUGGGUUCAUUGGUCCCAAGUGUGAGUGCGCAGAGGACAAAGGUCAAGUCAGUGACUGCAGGGCCAAUGAUAGUGCAGAGGUGUGCAGCGGGCAGGGAGAGUGCUUCUGCGGCCAGUGUGUGUGCUACCCAUCCAGCUUUGGGCUCGUGUAUGGAAAAUAUUGCGAGUGUGACAACUACUCCUGCCUCAGAUUCAGAGGGAAGCUGUGUGGAGGUAAUGGAGAGUGUAACUGUGGUGAGUGUGUGUGCCACGAGGGCUGGACAAGCGAGUAUUGCAACUGCAGCACUAGCACACACACCUGUGAGUCAGCGGAUGGGUCUGUCUGCAGUGGACGUGGAAAGUGUGUAUGCGGGAAGUGCGAAUGUUCUGUUCCCGGAGCUUCAGGGGAUAAGUGUGAGAAGUGCGCUACCUGUGGAGACGUCUGUAGCUCAACCAGGUCUUGUGUGGAGUGUUAUCUGAAAACCGAUGAACCCUCAGAAGACUGUGUCCAUAAGUGUAACGCUAUUCAUACCACUGUCACCAACUCUACAGACUUUGACGAGAGCCAUGCGGUGAUGUGUGCUCUCCGCAGUGAGAACGAGUGUCUGAUCUCCUUCACAUUAGUGGGCGGUGAAAAGGGAAGCACUGUGUACAAGCUCAGGCUUGAUUGUCCCAAGCCUCUCAAUAUCGCUAUGAUCGCUCUGGGUGUUUGUAUGUCUGUACUCACUAUUGGCAUCAUACUUGCGGUGGUUUGGAAGCUUUUCAUAUAUGUCCACGACCAAAAAGAGGUUGCCAAGUUUGAGGCGGAGAGAACUAAAGCAAAAUGGCAAUCAGGCACAAAUCCUCUUUUCAGGAGCUCAACAUCAACAUUUAAGAAUGUAGCAUAUAAACAUACAGUUAGAUAGAGAGAAGAUAUCUGCUGACAAGACUAAAGGACAAACUGAUUUAAUAUACUGACUAUAAAGUAUUUUUCUUGGAAUGGUGUGUGUCUAUGUGUGUGCACAUAUGAGUGACUUUUUAAAAAUAUUUUUUCAGCGGUAUUUUCUCAGAGCCAGGCUGUGGGAAAUAUUUUAUACUGUUAAUAUAUUUGCUGCUAAAUGAUUUAACAAAAUCAAAGACAGCAAAUGCAGAAUUGUUUUGAACCUUGAUAUAAAAAAAAAGAAAUGAGUGAAGUAGAAAACAAUGUAUAUAUUCAUUUAGGGAAAAAAUCCUGUAAUUUAUUAAUGAUUAUUCAGUGGAGUCAGCUGAAAUUGCACAUUUUCUAGUUUUCUUUUAAAAAUGUGUUACUGGCAGCCGUAUUUAUUGCUUGAAAGCAAUACUUUCAGAAAAUUAUUUUAUAGGCUGGUGACUAUCUCAUGAUUGCUUGUUUGUGUUACGAGCUGUCAUCUUUGGCUCAUCUCAGUUUCUGGAAAACUACAAACUACAGAAUCAAAAGACAGAAGCAGACAAGGUGAAAAAGCAUUUUUACACUUACAUUAACUGUUUUAAUUACAUUUACCAUUUUGGUAUUAAGGUUUAGUCGAUGCAAUAACCUACUUUUCACACACAUAAACAUCUUUGUAACUCAUCAUCUGUCAUUUUAAUCCAGGCAAUCUCUCUAAGGUAUCAUUUUAAUCCAGGGUGUUGAUACUUCUGUAGCUUUCCUUACUGUAUUUGUUAUAUGCUAAUGCUAACUACUGUAAGUGAGAACACUGGACAUAACGGUUAAAGCAUUCAUUUACAACAGUUUCAGAUUGUUAUAUUGUGUGCUGUGUGUAUUAUGUUGUGGUUUAUAAAAUUUGGCCUAUAUGAUGGACUACACUGAGGCUGAGCCUUGUGCUGUUUUAAUGUCCUAAGUUAAAGUUUCAACGUCGAAUAAAGGUGGAUUUUGCUGGCAAA